GACUGACCCCCCCCUCCCUCUCCGCAGCAAGAACCCAGCCUUGACCUGCUGGAGGCGUUCACCGAGCACUGGAAGGGGCUCACUCACUACUACAUAGAGACCACAGAUGAAAACACCCCAGUUAGGGAGACGGAUAUCCCCUGGCGCCUGAAACAGAUGCUGGACAUUCUGGUGUAUGAGGAGAAGCAACAACCGGCAGGGGAGACGGGGCCUUGCUUGGAAUACCUGCUGCAGCACAAAAUCUUGGAGACCCUCAGCACUCUGGGGAAAGCAGAGUAUCCACCCGGCAUGAGGCCGCAGGUGUUUCUCUUCUUCAGCCGAGUCCUGGGACAAGUGCAGCAUCCGCUCUUGCACUACCUGAAUGUGCACAGACCUGUCCAGAAGCUCCUUCAGCUCGGCAGCGACGCGCUCGGCUCGGCGACUGAGAGGGAAGAGGUGCAGUUUGCUGCGGUUCUGUGUGCAAAGAUCAAGCAGGACCCCGCCCUGCUCACGUACAUCCUGGAGGGCAAGGAUCUUCUAAGGGGGCAGAAGCCUUCCCGUCAGCUCUGCUGCCCACAGGGAGAAGCUGGCAGCAGCCAGGGAGAGCCCGUCGCUGCCAAUGGAGCCCUGGCCGCGUCUCCAGAGCACCCCUGGGGAGACGCAGCCUGCGCCAGCCUGGCAGGGAAACCAAAGAAGCCUCUCUCCAGCUCCUCCCCUCUGAACAGUGAAAACAAUCUGAUCACGUCUUUAAUCACCCUGUGCAAGAGCCAGAAGAGCAGGGUUGCACUGAAGGCUCAGGAGAACUUGCUGCUUCUCAUCAGCGUGGCCCAGCAGGCAGCUGCCACGUACCUGGUACAGAACAGCGCCUUGAGCUGCCUGGUGGCUGAGCGCCUGUGUGAGCUGUACAGCGCCGUCCCUGCCUCGGCCGACCCUGCAGACGUCCUCUCCCUGGAGAGAGCCAGCUGGAGGUUGCAGAACAAGGCUGCCGACGAGGGGUCUUUCCCAGGGAAGGCGAGCCUGGAUGCUUUCUUCAGCUGGCUGGAUUACUGUGAUCACCUCGUGAGAGAAGCCCACCCGGUCGUUGCAGAUGCUGUAACAGAGGCCAUUGGUGAAAAGCUUUUCCGGGGCAUCCUGCAGCCACAGCUCUUGCAGAUGUCAGAACUUGGCAUCCUCACCUCCACCGCAAUGCUGACCGCCAUAGUGAGGCAGAUCGGCGCUCCUGCCCUGCUCCGGACGCUGGUGGAGUUCCUGCUGGGCACAGAGAGGCAGCCAGAAGCCGUCCCUGACUCUCCGCAGCAGCAUCUCCUCCGUGCUCAGUUGAUAAAGCACUGCAACCACCUGUCUGAUGAGAUCAGCCUCACGACCCUGCGGAAGCCGCACGAGCACAUCGUGUACAGCCUGGUGCUGAGAAACCUGGAGGGGCGGAGCUACAUCCUGCACAGCCCGCCGGGGCAGGAGGAGCGGAGCAGCCAGGAGCAGGAACACGAGGAGGAUGCUCUGGAGCUGGAGGAGGAUCCCUAUUUCACCGAUGGCUUUCCAGAUACAGGCCUCCGGACGUCGAAAAAGCCAACGUCGCCCUCUCCGCGGGGGCCUGCCCGGCCUAGCGAGACGACCGAAGUGAAUGAGAUUGUUCUCAGUUUCCUGGGCCUGGUUCCCGACGAGGCCAAGACCUCGUCCUGCCUGGAGGAGGCAGGCUACGACACGUAUGUGCACGAUGCUUUAGGGCUGUUUCAGGAAUGCUGCGCCAACGUGUCCUCCUGGAACUGGCCUCGGGCUCCAAGACCCCUGGAGGCGUGUGACCCCCACGCAGCGUUUUACGAGGGCCACUUCCUGAAGGUGCUGUUCGACCGGAUGACCCGGAUCCUGGAUCAGCCCUACGGACUGAACCUCCAGGUGACGUCUGUGCUGUCCCGCCUGGCCCUCUUCCCACACCCGCACCUCCACGAAUACCUCCUGGACCCCUACCUGAACCUGGCCCCCGGCUGCCGAACGCUCUUCUCCGUACUCAUCCGGGUGAUCGGAGACCUGAUGCAGAGGAUCCAGCGGGUGGCCCAGUUCCCAGCUAAGCUGCUGCUGGUGCGGAGACAGUUAAUGGGGCUGGCCCCUGAAGAGCAGAUGGAUCACGUGACCCUCUUGCAGGGAGUGGUGGUGCUGGAGGAGUUUUGUAAGGAGCUGGCAGCCGUCGCCUUUGUGAAAUUCCCCCCCGAGGGCCCAGCGUGAGCCCAGCCGCCCCGGCCCCCUCACCUGCUCCGUGGGGAGAAGACCAGCGCGCACGGCAGGG